GUGGAUGGAGGGAGCUGCCUGCUAACCAGUUGCAGUUGCAAUCCCUCCACCGGAGCAGAGGGCGAGAGGGUCCUUCUUCCCCUGCAGACCAGCGGCGCAAAAAUGGCGGGCUGUGAAGGCGACGUGUUGCGUUCAUGGUCCGGGUCAGCGUCGUCUGCGAGUAACGGGUUCACAUGUGUAGCUGUGCCCGCGUCCGAGGAGCAGAAACCGAGGAAGAGGAGGAGGGCUUUCUGCCUGACCAGGAUCAAGACCCGCAGCAGCUCCGGCGGUCAGACUGUGCAGGGUCAGCGUCAGCCCGCCGCGAACAACAACAACAACAUGCCGCUCAUGAUCCAAGAGAUCAAACACAUCUGCAGGAACUGCCGGGGAGCAGAGCCGCUGGACGCUGAGGAGGUGGAGAGGUUGGCAGCGAUGCGCUCUGAUUCGUUGGUUCCAGGCACACAUACGCCUCCCAUACGGCGGCGGAGCAAAUUCGCCACGCUGGGACGUCUCUUCAAACCCUGGAAGUGGAGGAAGAAGAAGAGCGAAAAGUUCAAACAAACGUCAGCUGUGCUGGAGAGGAAGAUGUCGACCCGUCAGAGCAGAGAGGAGCUCAUCAAGAAGGGGGUGCUGAAGGAGGUGUACGAGAAAGACGGCUCUUGCUCGGUCGUACGAGAGGAGGUGAAGAUGGAGAACGGGCGCUCUCCGGUGCUCGGCUCCAGCCUGUCAGCGUGUGAGAAUUCAGAGCUGAUGGAGGGAGCGGCUGGAGGCUCUCUGGAGUUUCAGAUGUCCGGUGACGGUGCAUGUCAACAGGACCACGGCCAAAAAUCCAUCCAGGGUCCGCCCACAAAGAAGUCAACGGUUUACCCGUCUGAUGGCGCCGAGUCACCACACAGACCUCCCACGCUACACAAACAACCUCCUGCGCUGCCACCCAAACCCUUCAACAGGCUACCUAAUCACAUGACAGACGGAGCCCCGGUGAAGCUGCCGUGUAUGUCAGUGAAGUUAUCUCCUCCUCUACCUCCAAAGAAGCUCCUUAUCUCCGUACCUGCCGGGAGCAUGGAGCCCUCUCCGCUAGCCUUCCAGAAGUGCCCCGCCCCUCCCAGCCACACUUCAAUGGGCGGCCACUCCCUGCAGUACGGGACGCUUCCUGUCGCCCUCCACCCCCCCAGCCGGAUCAUAGAGGAGCUGAACAAGACCCUGGCCCUCACCAUGCAGAGGUUUGAGAGCUCCAUGAUGCAUACCGUUCCCGCGGUGAUGAUCGAGUGUGACGACAACAAAGAGAACCUCCCCAACCAGACGGACUACCAUGACCCGUCCGGCAGGUACACGCACGAGGAAGAGGACGAGGAGGAGGAGGAGGAGGAAGAAGAGGAAGAGGAAGAUGAUGAGGAGGAAGAGGAUGAUGACGAGGAAGAGGAUGAUGAUACAUUUUUUACAAGCUCACUGGCCAUGAAGGUUUUACGGAAGGACUCUCUGGCCAUCAAGCUGAGUAACCGUCCUACCAAGAGGGAUCUGGAGGACAAAAACAUCCUGCCGAUGCAGUCGGACCAGGAGAGACUCGAGUUCCGACAGCAAACAGCCACCAAACUGACCAGGCGGUUGAGUCAGAGGCCUACAGCAGAGGAGCUGGAGCAGAGAAACAUACUCAAACCUCGGAACGAUCUGGAGGAGCAGGAGGAGAAGAGGGAGAUCAAGAGACAUUUAUCCAAAAAGCUCAGCCAGAGGCCGACCGUGGAGGAGUUGAGGGAGGCGAAGAUCCUGAUCCGCUUCAGCGACUACGUGGAGGUGGCCGAGGCUCAGGACUACGAUAGGCGAGCAGACAAGCCGUGGACGCGACUAACAGCUGCUGAUAAGGCUGCCAUCAGGAAGGAGCUGAACGAGUUUAAAAGCACAGAGAUGGAGGUGCACGAGUCGAGUCGGCAUCUGACCAGGUUUCACCGGCCAUAAAAUGGUUCAGUUCCGACCACGGCCGCGCUUUCUCCUCCUACACCGAGUCCCAGAUCGCUACCUGCUGCCCUCGUGCUGACUGCUCGCCUCUCCGGUGUCGACUUCAACACGACAAACUGGAAAAUGAACGCAACCUGUGUGCUGCCAUCUUCACAGGAAACCGGAACAAAGUCUUUUAGAAGUGCAGAUGGAUUCAAACUCUCACCUGGUGUCUCCCUUCAGAGGAGAUUUUAAAGACUUCUUGAUAUUCAAAGGCUUUUCUGUUUUUUUUUAUGAAGAAGGCGAUUUGUUUACUUUGCAGCACUCACAUCAAACAGAAUCUGUGCCAAUGUUGAGGGUGUGAAGGUGAAGAUGGGACUUUUUUUUAAUUUUUUAAUUUUGUACAAAUGGAUUGUUUAGUUGCCUUUAAUCAUGUUCUCACACACUUUUUUUUACUGGACUCUUUUCUUUGAGAGGUUUGCUUGUGUUGUCACAGACGACAUUCUCUGUGGCUGUUUUCAAAACCCCCUACUACACUAGAAGUACAUACUGAUUUGGCCAAAAUGCAAAGUACCAUAUGCGAACAAAGUAUGCAUCACACCAGUCUCCCUCACGUACCGUUUCCCACAAUGCAAGGCAUCAGGUCAGAGAUAGAAAUGACAGACAGCAACGUCCAUGCUUAACAGAGGAAAUAAUCACAGUCAGGCCAAACCACACAAAGAUACCACUAAUUCUCUUUUUUGACUCUCAAAAUCAUAAAAAUCUAAAUUAAUCGCUGCGAGGUUUAUUUUUUUCAGACGAUGACUUGAUGCUACACCGUAGUAGCGUUUGCCAUCAGCUGGGCUGUUGUUUACUUCCUCAUUCCAAGGCCUGGCAUACUGCAGAAUAACCAUCCACUGGCAGUAAUACCACAAACUACUGUUGAAUGUAGUAUGCAGCCGAUGCAUAAGUGUAAAAUCCUGCAGUUCCUCGAGAGUCAACUUGAGGCUAACUCCAGGAACACCAGAAGUCACAUACACACAACAGGCAAAAAAAACUGUUUUUACAGCAUAAAUUAAUAUCUUUACAGCCUGGUACAAAAAGCAAAAUAGGUCUGAUUAGUUUACUGUCAUCACUGGCACAAACUGUACAGGGGGAGUAGUAUUCAGUAGGCGGUUUCGAAAGCAGCCAAUGUCUUAACUCACCAGAAGGAUCUAAAUAUUCCAACAGAUGACUGCUGUUGUAGGCCGCUGAAUCUCAAGCCAAAACGUCUACGAACUCAAAUUCAUUUCUGCCGGCCAGUUACAGAAAAAGUCAACAUCCCCCGUCACAAACACAUCAAUCAACAGCAAUAAUUUCAGAUUUCACUUUUUUUUUUCUCCACCUGCUUUGCUGCUGCAUUCCAGAGCUUGCAACACUUUCCCACUUUAGAUCUCCGUUUGGUAAACCAAAGCAACUUAACUUGCUGUGGAAGUUUGGAUCCUGAAUGCAUCCCAGAGAGUUCAGUAACCCGCUGCGUCACUGUGCCUGCAGUAUUGUUUACAGGGAUUUAAAAAUCACAUCAUUCAGUCAUGUCGUUUGAUAACAGAAUAUUUUAUCUGAGGACAGAGUUCAAUGUUGCUGAACUCGACGACAAACUUUUUUUCUAUCACAUUUUUAUUACAAAUGUUGUUGGUACAAAAACCUGAGAACUCAGCCAUUGUACUUUUCAUGUUUUUAUUGUUUACAGGUUCAUGAAAUGGAAGAGGUGAUCAUUAUACUGGGAGAACUGGUUUAUCUGUUAUCUGUGUGUGUGUGUGUGUGUGUGUGAGAGUGAGAGUCGUGUAUGUGUGUACAAGAGUCUGUCACAUCACUGCCUCUUGUCGAUUGAAAUGUUUUGAGAGAUUCUCAGAAUUCUAAAAGUUGUACAUAAAGAAAGGAAGUGUGACUUUUCAGAUGUUUUUUUUU